AUGGUCAAGUGGCAACACAAACUGCUGCACUUAUCGCAGAGCUUGGCGGUUCAUGAUAAGGACAUCCUGCAAAAGAUUGCAAAUGCAACCAUUUCAAUUUGUGGCAAGAGUCGCCGGUGGGACUGGUCCCUACACUUAUUCAGCGAUAUGAAACGCUGCCAGAGCAUGGGAUGCAGCCAUGGAAAUCCUGCCACACUUCCUCCACGAGAUGUCAUCUCCUAUGGUACUUUGAUUUCAAUGUUCGGGAAACUUUCGCAGUGGCAGCGAGCCUUGCUCCUGCUAUGUGAAUGUGACACACUGGCUGAUCUGACACCUGACCAGGUUUGCUUCAACGCUGCUAUUGAUGCAUGUGGGAGAGGACUUCAGUGGCUGAGAGCGAGCAAACUACUUCUUGCAAUGCUUGAGCGAAGUGUGCUUCCAGACAUUGUUGGCAUGAGCACCUUAAUGGCAGCUCUUUCGAGAGCAAGUUGUUGGCAGCAAGCACUGUCUGCCUUCUCCAAGGCACAUGCGUCUCACAUGCGUCUUGACAUUUUGGGAAUGACCUCCGCGAUCAGUGCAUAUGAGAAGGGAAGGCAUUGGAAAGCCGCCCUUGAACUUCUGGUGCAGGCCUCUCGCAAGCAAGCAAUCCCAGAUACUGUUGGCUUUGGCGCUGCAAUAGUUGCCUGCGAAGGUUGCUCACAGUGGGAGCAAGCUUUGAACCUUCUUAUGCAUAUAGUGCCACCAAGUAGGGCACGAAACGCCAGCAUGGCUUCUUGCUAUGCAACAGCAAUGAAAGCAGUAGCUACGGCAAAGAGAUGGCAACAUGCUCUGGCCUUGUUGACAGGAGCGCAGUCAUAUGGGGAUGACUUCAUUGACAGCUUUGCGUGGGCUAGUCUAUUUUCAGCACUGCUUGUGAAUCCUAAUCGCCUGUACACAGAAACAAUGCUCCUGUACAAGCAGGGCAUUUUUCGCAAUGUACGCCAAAGUGCGCAACUUGCAGAUAUCCAUUGUCUUGCUGAGUGGAUGCAGGGCAUGGGAGUAAAUGGCUUUGUUGCCCGUUACUCUCGCCGUAAAGGUAGAGUGCUUGGGCAAAGUCCGAGUGAGACCUUUGCUGCAGACAUGCUUGAGACGGAGGGGUGGGCACAGCGGGCUAGAGUCAAAUGA